AUGCCUGACAGACAAAAGGCUGUCUACGUGCCCAGUGCUGGCAGGAUCACCGUUCUGGUCAAACUCGAGGCCGAACCCGGCGACUAUGCCAUGCGCAUUUCAUCCACAAGUCAGAUGCAAAAUCUGCAAUCCUACUCGAUCCUGCGAUACCCGGCGAGCCGUCGGCCGAUAUACGGGGAACCAAUGAAAGUCCCCCAAGCAGCCUCGCCCGAGACUGUCUGCGUCCUCCCCGAUAGUUCCAUCCGAGACGAAUGCAAAAUGAUCGACGGCCAGUUUUUGUCGCCGUACCCGGCCUCCCCACCACCGAAAUCUGAGAAGUCGAGGCCCGCAGCGGCAGAUUACACCUUUCACUUGGCGGCCGGUUCCCAGGCCUCACUUACAGAACGUUACGUGCCAGAGUAUUUUCUCAACGAGAAGCCAUGGCAGCUUUUCCGCUCCGCACUGACUCCUCUACUAUUCAAAGGGCUUAAUGAGUCAAAGUGGGAGGACUCACUUGGCAAGCCUGUCAUCAAAGGCAUCCCGCUCGGCUCCGUUGUCGAUCUGAUCAUAGAGAAUCAGCUGAAUGACACUGUGCCUCUCUACAAGCACGCGGAGGCCGCUUGGCUUCUCGGCGCUCAGUCUCACGAGAGGUUCACUUACAAGAGUGUAGAGGAUGCGAUUGCGGCGGAUGGAGGGGUCUCCAGGUCCCUCAAUCUUCAUGACCCAGCGCUAGUAACUGUCCAUGACCUGCCGCCCUUGGGAUGGAGUGUUCUUCGCUUCAAGGUGACUGCAAAGGCAGCGACCAUGAUCCAUGCUGUCAAGCUCAGAUACUUUGCGUUAGGCAUGUCGGCGCCUAUCAUGGAAGGCAUCCUGCCUGAUGAUCCCGUCAAGUUCCCAGAGUCAGCUGUCAACCGUCCCCACGUCGACUUUGAGCCCAAGAACGAUGGUGUGUUUGGGUGA